AUGCGGAACUGGGGCGUCGUUCAAGGCUGUGGGUUGUGUGGGGAGAGGGAUGAGACUAGGGAUCAUCUUUUCUUCGCUUGUCCUUAUUCAUUCACUGUCUGGGAGAAGUUGGUGCGUGGUUUCUUUGGCAGAAGGACUAACCCAGAUUGGACUGCAACGCUGAGCAUGAUUGCAGGUCGUAGACGCAACAGGUUGGACUCGAUUCUGAUAAAAAAGGUGUUUCAGAUGACUAUCUACCAUGUUUGGAGGGAGAGAAAUGAGAGAAGGCAUCAGAUGACAUGGAAGACAGCAGAUCAACUUCAUAAGAUCAUAGACAAGACAAUGAGGAACAGAAUUGCAUCCUUGAAGUAUAAGGGACAGCACCAAAAUGCCGGUCUGUUGCAAAGAUGCUUCGAACUUUCUGGUUGA